GUUUUUUUUUUCGUCCGAUUGAAACUAUACUCCAUUUAAUAAUAACAAAUAGCAGGUGCCAGAAACCAUUGACGUGGACUUUUUUUUCUGGGUUUCCGCAUGGAGUUUUAUUUUGACGACAACGAUUUCAUAUGGAGCGUUCGUCCUACCGACGGAAAACGAGUUGAAAGUCAGUUCGAUGGUCUCUUGCAAAAUCGAUGGAAAAGGGCUGCAGAGACUGGCGUUUGCCGGUAUCAGUUAAAUAAUCUGCAGACCAAAGUUCUUCCCGGUACGUUUGGUUUCGUGGCACAGCUGAAUGUAGACAGAGCUACUCAACGGAGGGUACCACAAAACUUGCAGAAAGUAAACAGCCCUUUUGAUCCAAUCGAGUUCAACUUCAACAAAGUUGCAGCUCAAGAGGUUUUGUUGAAGCCAGUCCAUAAAGAAGCUUCUGGCAAAACAGAGGACAAUGCUGCUGUUAUAAUCAAUGUUAGUCCUUUAGAGUUUGGCAACAGUCUACUUGUCCCUAGUGUGACAGCAAACAUCCCUCAAAGAGUCACUCAAGAGGGACUUGAUCUCCUUGUGAGGCUAAUGCUUCUCAGCAGUGAUGUGAAUUUAAAGGCUGGUUUCAACAGCCCUGGAGGUUAUGCAUCUGUUAAUCAUCAACACUAUCAUCUCUACUAUCUCCGUCAGAGACUCUACCUCGAAACUGCGAGUGUGGAACAUAUUGCUGGGCCGUGCUUCGCGCUAACUGAUUUUCCUUCCAAAGGAUUUGCUUUUCAACUUCACAACGAUCCAGCUCUUCUUGCCAAGAAUGUAUUCAUUCUGGUCUCACACCUUUGUGCAAAUGAAAUUGCUCAUAAUCUGUUUAUGACGCGAGGAAAACGUUUCGACGAAACACCUACAGAUGCCUAUGAUACAGUACGGGUGUUCGUCUGGGCUAGGGAACCCACGUUCGGAGUCAAAGAAGAAAUAGGUUUCAAUCCUGCCCUUUGCGAAUUAGCCGGACACCUUUUAAUCAAAGAACCUCAAGCGUACGAAGUCGUGACAGAAAAGGAUGCUGCCGAAAUGCUCGACAGCAUCACUAGGCCAUGGUACCAUCAAGUCCGCGAAAACAUACACAAUCUCUUUCUUGCCACGUAGUCAAAAAUGAUUACCCAGUUGACAGAUGGCUGACGAAAAUGGCUGUUUUUGGAGCGCAGCCACGCCUUGGUGGUCGUUUGCUCAUAUACAAAAUGCUGACCAGUGAAAGGGCCUUUUUUUUAUUUUGUCGUAACGUAAUUUUUCAUUUUGACAUGAUAAUUACGUGUCACCCUCGCGACGAUGAUAGAUUCGCAAAAAAUUCUUUAGGAUCUUAGUUAUUUGUGUUACGCUCUGAGCUGAAAUUGUAAGAAAUUCUAAAGUUUCACAGCAAAA